CCUGACUUUACAGUAUGCUUUGUAGUUGCGAAGAGAUCUUCCCCGCUUCUCAGUGCAAGCCAUUGAAAAGGCUGGGUGUCAGUACAAUGCACUCAGUCGUCCGCUUUCCUUCUCUCCAACAACGACGUCCGAGCUGUUAUCAUGUCGACCGCGAAGCGCAACAUUCAGAAGAUUUGCAACGACUCGAAGGACGGGUCUGUUCUAUAUGAGUUCGGGGGAGAAGGUUACAAGAGCAGUGUCCGCCACUUUUUGGAGAGCAGCACCGACGUCGCUGCGUACGCUGUCCAACCUGGCAGUGAGACUACUCUGGUUGAAAUCAUGAAAGUCAUCGCCAAGGAGAAAGUCCCUUUCGCUGUGAAAGGCGGGGGCCAUGCUAUGUGCCCAGGCUUCAGCUCUACGACCGGUGCUCAAAUUUCCAUGAUGCGGUUCAAGCAAGUCAAAUACGACGAGAAAGCGAAGACACUUGACGUCGGUGCCGGGUGCCUUUGGGACGAGGUCUACAGGGAGGUCGCCAAGUUCAAGCGCAACGUGGUUGGCGGCGCGUCAGCCGACGGCGUUGGCGUGGCCGGCUGGCUGCUCGGAGGCGGAUAUUCGCUCAAGACGAACAAGUACGGGCUCGGGAUUGACAACGUGCUCAAAUACCGGAUCGUCCUCCCCAAUGGCAGGAUUCGUACGGCGACGAAGGACGACAAGGAUACUAAAGACCUCUAUCAGGCCCUGAGGGGCGGGGGCAACAACUUCGGCAUCGUCACCCAGUUCACCUUGAAAACGCACCCUCAGACGGCGACCUUUGGAGCCUCUCUUUCAUUUCCGGGUACCAGGGAAGACAGAGUGAAGGCCGCUAUCGUAAAGUUCGUGAAGGAAGAGUCUAGGCCGGAAGCUGCCAUUGUGUCUGCCUUCAGACACACACUCCGUAACGGAAAACGCGAGUAUAAUAUAUCCGUGCUCUGCGUUUUCGACGCGCCGAGACCGAGCAGAAGGGCAGAUAUCCCAUUCCGGAUGUUCGCCGACCUCAUGAAAGGGAGUGCUUCGUUCACGAGCAAUCCUGUUGGGUGGAACGCUCGUGGUGCCACCACGACCCUUGAAACCCUUCCAGACGCAGAUGUCCAGAACGCAGGCCCUGAGGAUGGCAGCGAUCUUGAGGAAUCUGGUUUCCGCGAAAUGACAGCCGACGAAAUGCACGACAUCAUCUCGCCGUACGACCUGGAGCCUCGUGUGCCCUUCCAGGUGGUGUCGGACCCUGACAUCGAUUCCGCUAUCGAAGAGAAUGCUAGUUUCGCCGUAAGUCCAAGCACGUUGACUGCGAGAGGUGCAUCAAGAGGUGGCCUCACGGCCAUGAAAGGGGUCGGAGAGUUGGCCGCACGCGGUCGCUUCCAUUGCAUCAUGGUUUCGAAAUACACGAAGAAGCUUAUCGAUGCAGUCGCGCGGGAAGCGGAAGCAGCUGCGCAGUCCUUGAAGGCGAAGAACGGGCAGAUGGUCUUGAUCGAUAUCUGGCCGUUCCUUCCAAGCAUCUUUGACAACAGUCCUCGUGGAGCGGCCUGGCCGCACAAGAAGGGCGCUGCAUUUGGACCGCUUCUGGCGUACUUCCGCUGGGAGAAGGCGGAGGACGACAAGUUCUGGCUUCGGAAGAUGAAGACGGCUCUCAAGAACAUCGAGAAGGUAGCCCUCGAAGAGGGUUGCACGACCGGCAAGCUGCCAUACUACUCGAACACUUCCUUGGAGGAUGUGACGGCCAGGAUGAUAUACCGCGACAAUCUCAAGUCGCUCCAGAAGGUCCGGGCCAAGUACGAUCCCGACGAUGUGAUGGGCAAUACCGGAGGCUACAAGAUCCCCCUUCCUAAAUGAUACCCCUCGUUGUUUCCCAACAUGUUUUGAACCGGUCGUUCUCAAUUCGCACCUUGAGGCCGUGUCAUGACAUUCCGUUCCGUGGCGAAUCCGUAGUAUGAUGUCGCUGCGGCUUGGUUUCCGUAACUUGUAAAUAUGCAUCCGACCAGUGCCUCCGACUUACCUCCAACACCCAAUGCGCGAGCGUGGCCUGAGGGCGACGUCGGGAGCGCUCAAUCGGCAUUAUGGAUCGAUUUCAACAUACCAACUAAAUCCAAACAUUGGAUUCGGC